AUGGAUCAAAACAAAGAUGGGUGUCCUACAUUAUUAGGUUAUUCAACUGCCGUGGGAGGUGCUGGAACAAAGAGGGGUGCAGAGAGCAAAUACCAAAUGUUAUAUAAAAUGUCACAAACCUGUUUCAAAUUUCAAGCAUCAGUUUGGAACAACUCUGCUUCCAACCGUUGUUCUGGAAUUUUUUCAAUCCGCUCUUCUUAUUCCCACAACGCCAUUCACUGUUUUUGCUUCUUCAAUCUCGUUUCCAUCUUCCCUAAACUCCACGAUCAGAACCCAAGAGCAAUUGUUGUGUCCCAACCAGCUUAA